GGUCUCCCCGGUCCAUGGUGUUUACAUCAGUUUUUACAAGUUUACUUCAGUUUCCAUCAGUUUAUAUUAGUUUUCAUGAAGUUUUAUUAGUUUCCAGAAGUUUUCACUAGUUUUCAUAAGUUUUUAUAAGUUUUCCUGCAGUUUACGGAAUUCAGCGAGAUACAAUAUAUGCACUUCAAGAACGCUUUUCUUGUUUUCUACGAAUACGGUACGGUCACAGCAACACUUGCAUUGGAGGAAUAGCUGAUGUGUGGACAAUUCCAGUCGAAUGGUUUGACUGUGGAAGACGACGCUAAAUGGUGAACAUUUUUACUUUCAAGGUAGAUAACUGAUGACAUAAACGGGUCGGAAGAAUCAGAAGCGAAAUUAGAGAGGAAACUGAGUGAGAUCAUGUUAACAGACAAAAUAAAGAUGAAAACCUACCAUUCAUAUCGAGCUCCCGUUGUCUCUGCGGAUUCUACCACAGAAGACGACUCAGUGGAUGAGACGCAGUUCGGGAACGCUGCCCCCCUGUCCUCAAGACUGACCACCCCGACCAUGUUACUGGACAGUUUGAUGUACCACGACGUGGACAAAGUGGACAUGGAAGAGGCCAGGGAGCAGGGGGACGUCCUGGGGGUGAAGAAGAUCGAGAAUAACUACAGGUUUGGUUUAAAGAAAUGGAAGAAAGAAGUUGUGGACAAACAAGCUUUUCAAGAACCAUUGGGGGUUGAAUUGGGAGAAACAUUCUGUCUCAAGCUGGGGAGUUUCCUGUACAUGGUAUUCUUCGGUUGGUGGAUGGCGGUCGUCUAUAUUUUCGUUGCUUGGCUGAUGAGAGUUACCAUCAUAGGGAAGAGAUACAAUGGCACGAUAUGUUUUGUGGCCUUUUGGAAAAAUCAUUGCAAAGGUGAGUUGGAAAUCAGUCAGAACACCCAGGACUACACUGACACCCCUGAUAGCAGCUGGACAGAGGAGAUAACAGAAUUUAUGGGGCGCCGGAAAACGUUCAAGUGGAAAAGCGCAGGGACGUGCGUUUGGUACGUCACCGGCUUCCCUGUCUUGGUAUUGUUCCACGCCAUUUCCGCCGCUCUCUCCUGGCUGUUUGUGCUGUCCAUACCCACGGCCAAGAUGAAUUUAAGGAUCAUAACAAACGUUUUGCGACAAGAUCCAGACGAAAUUGAAAUAGAAAGGAGCAGGCCAUAUAAGCAAAAUCACCUGGAAGUUCUGAUGUACGUUCAUCAACCGUUCCGAGUGUUGUUCUGCCGGUAUACAGUGGAUGGCAUGAACGUCAUCCUAGUCAAUUUGCUUGCCUUCACCCUUUUUGCUCUAGCUUUUGGAUACGCUAUGCCAGGCAAAGACGACACAAUGGAAUUAAUUCAAUUCACAUUGGCGCUGUUGGCGAUUUUGCCAUUGGCUUACUAUAUAGGCAUGGCACUAAUAAGUAUUUCAGCUCGCAGUAACUUUGCUGUUGGUGCGGUUCUGAACGCCAGUUUUGGCUCCGUGGUCACGGUGGCGUUGUGUGUGGCGGCUCUGUUCGCUAGCAACAAGGAAGCCGAUCAUGCAGAGAUGAUUUGCUACCAAGAGUUGACAAAAGCCACCCUUACUGGUGUGUUAAUGGUAACACUACUCCUGAUCCCUGGUUUAGCGAUGACAGUCGGAGGUCUAAAACACACCACCCAGAAGUUUAACAGCAGAUCGGCAGGGAUAAGUUCCGCGCUGUUACUGGUCUCCCUGGCAGGCACAUUUGCUCCAACUAUUUAUGCCAAAGUCUUCACCAGCUUGGACUGUUCACCAUGCUUCGGAGGCGGGAAUUCUAGUAACGUCAGCCCGACCUUUUGCGCUUCCUGCCAGUCUCAGAUGUCCAAGAUGGACCUCCAAUUUACCAGCCCAGAGUUUUACAGUCAGAAUAUAAAACCGCUCGUCUACUCUUGUACGGUUAUACUGCCCCUAGCGUACGUGGUGGCCCUCGUAUUCACGCUACACACCCAUACUGCCCACGUCUUUGAGCAGUUCAUCGAAUCUGCUAGGGCCAUAAGCAAAGAGACAGCAGCCUCCAUCGCCCACUGGAACUUGGUGAAGAGUGUGAUGAUUCUGUUGGUGUCCACAGUUCUCAUGGCUCUGUGCGCUGACGUAGUGGCGGACAACCUGGGCCCCAUCAUGCGUAAACUUCCUCCUGCGUUCGUAGGAGCUACAUUUUUAGCCAUCAUACCGCAGCUGCCGGAGAUAAUCAACGGGAUGGCCUUUGCCUACAACAAUAACAUUGCAAUGAGUAUAGAACUAGGCACAUGUAUAGCUGUACAGGUGUGUCUCAUACAAAUACCUGCCAUUGUUGCGGUGGAUGCCAUCAGGCCUGUGGGUUUUGAGCUAAUUUUUGGAGACAUCCACCUGUGGUCUGUGAUCUCUACGGUUCUUCUCAUCAACAUCCUCUUCCAGUCUGGAAAGUCUGACAGCUUCCAAGGUGCCUCCCUGCUCAUCUUCUACGUGAUCAUGCUGUGCUUCUACUACCUUGGACCCAACCCAGGGGGGAUCCACUGUUGAGGACAAAGGGGUCUGCAACAACACCGUGAAAUGAAACACGAUAUUUAUAUUGGCAUCACUGUACAGGGUUUAAACAAAACCAGUUUGCCAUUUCAGUUAUUAUAGACUGCAUAAACAAGAAAUGGCACAACAACGCAGGUACAUGGACGGACUCAAGUGAGGCCGUGAUGGACGAAUUGGAAGUAUCUGCUUGCACACUAGCUUGUCUAGUAAUAAGGGUUACCGAUAAUUUUAGCGUAAUGCAGUUUCUGACAAUUCAAGAAAAAUGUUAAUAAAAAUGUGUGGUGUAUAUUU